AUGGUUAAAGCAGUUGCUGUUUUAAGAGGAGACGCCGGUGUUUCCGGUAUUGUUCACUUGGAGCAAACCGCUGAAAACACCCCAACCACCAUUUCUUACGAGAUUACCGGUUUCAAGGGCGACUCGCAACAGGGUUUCCACAUCCACGAAUUCGGUGACAACACCAACGGGUGCACUUCCGCGGGUCCUCAUUUCAACCCCUUCAAGAAGACCCACGGUGCGCCAACCGACGAAACUAGACACGUUGGUGACUUGGGCAACAUCCCCACCAACGCUGAAGGUGUCGCCAAGGGUUCGCUGACUGACUCUUUGGUCAAGUUGUUUGGCCCAACCUCUGUUGUUGGCCGCACUGUGGUCGUUCACUCCGGUACCGACGAUUUGGGCAAGGGUGGUAACGAGGAAUCCCUCAAGACUGGUAACGCUGGUACCAGACCCGCUUGUGGUGUCAUUGGUUUGACCAAUUAA